GGCUGCAUCGAGCAAAACUUGACAAAACACAAUCUGGUCCAUUCUGAUAUAUAUGAGAAAAGUCAUUCCUAGUUGUGUUUUACUAACUUUUGUUUUCUCUAUAAAUAGCUUAAGAUGAGAUUCCAACAUCCUCAAAUUAAAGCAGCAAAUUCAAAGAAACAUACAUACAAUGGCCUUUUGCAAAGUUGGUAUCCUUUCCCUCCUCCUAUUGUCCGGUAUAUUUCUGCUAGGAAUUGAGGUGGAAUAUGGAAAUGCACAAAAAAUGUGUCUCCAAGUUUGUGACCCUGAAGUGGCUUACAUGACUUGUCCCUCUUCUGGAGAUGAGAAAAUGAGUGAUGUAUGCGUCAAUUGUUGCACAGCAGCUGUAGGCUGUAAGCUUUUCCGCUCUGAUGGAUCGUUCAUUUGCACCGGAACUCCUGAAUAAAUAUAUCGCAUCCUUGUCAAAAUAUAACGAUUAAAGUCUUUAUUAUUCGUAUUUGUGUGUAAUAAGGCCUGAGUUAUUACUCUGGUAGUUUUUAAUAAUACUAAUCUCUUUAUACGUGCGUAGAACGUGUAUUUCAUAUUAUUUGUUUUAUGGAUUAUAUGUACUCAAUAGUUAAUUCACAUAUAUUUGAAAAUCAAUUGAUUUAGUUAUUAAUUGCAA